AUGACAGUAACUUCUUCUACUUCCUCUUCCUCAAGCACCUCCGCAGGACCCAUUAUCUCCACAUUGUCAAACACUACCAAACAAACAAAUACCCCUGUCCUCGACAAAAAUCACGACAGUAAUAACACCCAACAGUCUACCUUAGCACAUCGUAAUCAUGCCCAACGCAACACCCAACGUCGUUCUUUUGAACAACAGCAGCAGCAGUCGUCUUCUGGGCGGUCUCGACUGAACCUUGGCGCCAAGGAUUAUGCUCCUUCUUCAGCUUCUUCUACAUCUGCUACAUCAACCACCACUGUUCAGAGCCGUCGUGCCGGAAAGGCCGUGGCUGGUGGACGAAUCGAUGAUGAUCACAGCCAAGAAUCCUCCGACCGUAAGCAACACAGCAACAACACCGGCAAGCAGCAGCAACGUCGUCGUGGCGGAAACAGACAUCCUGGAAACAGUAACAGCGGCAUCAGCGGUCCUGUCUCUAACAGACACCCCGCGGGCAGCCAAAAGAAGGAGCUUAACGGUCGAACCUUCCCAUCAGCGCAGACACAGGAACAAGAUCACAACGGGGAAUCAACCUCCUCGCACGCACAGACACACAACGCUAAGAACGACCAUCACCGCCACAACAGGACGACGACUCGGUCUCGCGCACCGGCUCGCUUUGUGAACAAGGUCGAGGAAGAUCGUGGACUCUUGGAGGCUCUGACAGUUGGCCUGACCAACUCGACUUAUGAUUGCAUGGUCUGCUGGGAUGUGAUCCGUCCCGCGCACAGGAUCUGGAACUGUCAAGUCUGCUGGGCUGCCUUCCAUCUCGGCUGUCUCUCCACCUGGGCCAAAAAGUCCUCCGAAGGACCUGUCCAGUCGUGCCACUGCGGUAACGAGUCCUUCCAGUUGAGAUGUGUCGAUACUGAUUUUACACUCCAGACGGGCAAGUCGUGUGACCAGGUCUGUGGUGAGCUGUUGGGUUGUGGCAUACAUAGCUGCAGUUCAGUCUGUCACCCUGGUCUGUGUGCGCCCUGUGAGGAAGAACAGGAGCAACUGUGCUAUUGCGGAAAGCAUACCCGUACUGCUCGUUGCGGUGAGAGUAAGCCCAAGACGACCAUUGUCGACGGCGAGACCCAGAUCGGUUACUAUGAAUGUCGUGAGGCGUGCGAUAGGUAA